CAUCGAAAAUAUUCCCGCCUUGCUGCUCUCUCUUUCUGCUCACGAGUUUUUUUUUUUUUUUUCCUUGAUUCGUCGGUCUCUUCUCGAAGAUCUUCGUCUGCUAGCUCCGUCUUCUAUCGUCUAGUAAGAUUUUUAUCCCGCGUCUCUAACUAAUUUAGGUCAGUGAUUUUAUAAAACCUUGUCAAUCAAUCUCUCUGAGGUUUUUUUGAAUUUUGCGAUUUAUGUGCUUAUCUUCACUUUAAUCUCCACCAAUUCGUUCAUCUGUUGCUUGAUUUGAGAUGAAACCGUAAGAUUUUCUGAUCUAGAUUGUGAUUAUUGUUCUCAAUUUGAAUUUAUUCAUGUCUGAUUGAUUUUUCAUGCUAAGGAUUUUGGUUCGGUUGGAUCAUCGAGUUUUCGAAGGAUUUCUAGGGUUCCGAUCUCCAUGACUCGGAGAAUGGCUCGAAAGAGGACUAAAACUGCAACUGAGCCCUCAAAGGAGAUCAAAGAGAAAGGAAGAUUCACCAGAGCCAACAAGUGUAUGAAAACAACUACUAAAAAAUCCCAUGAUUCUGGAAAGAAUACUAGUGGAAAAGAGGAGAAGUCCCCUUCUAAAUGUUCAGCUGAGUCUCCAUCUUCUCUGGAUCAAAAGCUGCUACAUACCCCAGACCGAGCUCAAAAAGUACCUGUCCUUGAUCUCCAUUCGUGCAAAGAGGUUCCAAGUUCUGGAAAAAUGAAGUUGCAGCUCUUUCCUUUGGAUCUUCGUACCCGUGAAGGUUUGGAAAAGGACGGCUUUCACCCAUACUUGGAACUCACUCUUAGCUCACGGAAGAAGAUUUCUUCAGUACUUCAACACAUUCACAGUAAGUGGGGCAGCUCAGAGAUUGCCCUGGGAGAUCCCACGUUGUACCCAUAUGAUAAACCACUACUUGCUUCUGGUCAUAAAUGGAUAGCAAACAGCAACAUCACUACCGGUGCUGUCUAUGAAGCUAUUGGAGCUCCACCACUUUUUCGCUUAAGGUAUGGGUGGUCUUCUGACAUUGAGCAUAAAACCCACGAACCGCCAUGUCCUUCAACUCCGGGUAUUGCUUGUUUUCAAAACGAAGAACUACAUAACAAUGGUAAUAAGGUAGAGGGUGCCAGUUUUACUGGAAAGCAGAUGCUUGGUUUAGACAACCCAAUUACAAUGCUGUCCUCUUCAAAUCAAGUGACUGCCAUGCCUCCCUCGGAAAACAUACCUACCGAUGAACAAGUUGAGUCAAAGGAUAACAAGAUACACGAUGAGUCUGGCCCGACAUUGUUAUUCUGGGAUGAUGGAUUGACAAGUUUAAGUAUUGGUGGCUUGCUAUCAGAAGUAUCAUUGAAGGGAAACUUUGGGAAUCACAGUAAAAGUUCAAACGCAACUCUCUGGGAAGACAAUCUUACAAACAUAAGCAUUGGGGGUCUGUUUUCCGAGGCUUCUUUACAAGAUAGAUGCAAUAUUAAACACCAACAAGAACCAGCUCAUUAUAAUAACAAUGGUCAGUCAAGUGGAAGUAUCGGAGGCUUUCUUUCUGAAGCAUCACCAGUAGGAGAAGGAAAGAUAAGUGACUGUAGCAAAACAUGGGAAACAAAGAGAGCUAUCCAACAAGCACCAUUACCUCUAAUAUCUGAUUCAUUAAAUGCUUUCCUCGACAACCAAACAGAUCGCCCUCGAAUACCAUGCUCUGAUAUUCCUCCUGAGCCGUCACACUUGUCUAUAUUCGAUGCAGAAGAUACAUGUCAUGCAUUUUCAUUCCGAAAGCGUACAACAACCUCACCGAAGGUUCACGAGCAGGUAAAUGGAAAAGCUGAGAAGGAGCAACAGAAAGAUGACUCAAAACCUGCAAAACCAUUAUUUGGUUCCACGGUGUUUAAUCAGGACAGCAGCCUCGGAUUUUCAGGAAUCAAGUGGGCGGAGUCACGGGGACCAUUUGAUUUCGGUUUAUCUUCAUCGCGAAAGUUUACUAAUGGAGACAGUGUAAGCUUCGGUGCUGUGGUAAAAGAUUUGCAGGAAAUGGAGCCUUUAGAAGAGAAAACAAAAAUUCAAAAGUCUCCAUUAGAAGAGAAAUGGAGCUGAAACACAUGAACAAUAUUCCACAGGGAAAGGUAAAUUACUAAACAUGUUUCCAUAGGACCAGAAGAUCCUUUAAAAAAUAGACGAAUUGGUCUCUAUCCAACAGAAGAGCAAGUAUAGUGAUGUAGAUGUCUCUCUACUGAACAAAUCAUCAGUGUGUAAAUAUAAUAUACUCUUUGA